UACCCAAGAAUGACAAAAGCAUGGGCCAUUUCAGCAGCCCGCUCUAACCAAGGCUAACGUUAACCCAACUUAGUGCUAGCUACUGUAGGUACUAACCUUGAGUGCUAAGCUGAUCUACGUCACCCGCUAGGUUAGUUACUGGCGAGCACCAGAGCAUUUACAGGGGACAGAAGCCUCAAGGUCCAAUUCAAUUGUAUGAAGAGCAGCACCGUGACCUUGUAGCUCACAUUCCCUCUUGCUUGUGCUUGCAUCAAGUCAAGAUAGCAUAACCGGCGCAGAAUCUUAAAAUGCCGUGUUCAAGACUCGGUUCCGAUUCAUAAUGACGACGCUUAAACCGCCACCAUUGCCCACUCCCUCGGCACCUCCUUUGUCCUUAACAAUCCGCUUCAGCGCCAGCGUGCCCGACCUCGACCUCGAUAUCCCACGCCCGUCACAGACUACCGUCAUCUCUCUCAAACACCUGAUACGGAGUCGCUUGGCCGAGCCAAAUUCACAGAGACGACUGCGUUUCAUCCAAGGCGGCAAGAUCCUGCCCGACACUGCCGCACUCAGCUCCGUUCUCCGCGCACCUCCACCACCUCCGCGCGCUGACGAUGGCCGUGACGCCAGCAAGGGGAAGGGCAAAGGCGUCGCGAACCGACCGCCACUGCAGCGCAUCUACGUCAACUGUUCAAUCGGCGACUCGCUGACAGAUGCAGAGUUAAAGGCAGAGGAAGAGGCCGCGAGCGUACCUGUGUCUGAGCCGUCGCCAAGCCCCUUGCGCGCAACUUCACCAGGCUCCCCGCGUAUGCCGGCGCCGAUUAACACAAGUUCUUCGACGCCGAGAGGUUUCGAUAGGCUGCUAAAUGCAGGGUUCUCGGCUGCCGAGGUAAACCAGCUGCGGCUGCAAUUCCGCUCUAUACACAGCUCAAGGUUCACGCCAGAUACGUUACCCAGUCCGGACAGUUUUCGUCGAAUGGAGGAUGGGUGGAUUGAUGACAAUGGAGCUGCAGUAACGACUACCGGUGGAGGAGGUGGAGCGGCCGGUGUCGGUGGCGGUGGCGGCUUCGAAAGCGACGAGGUAGGACUUCUGGGCUGGCUUGAUGCCAUGAUAUGGGGCAUGGCUGUCGGUUUCAUGUGGCCACUCGGCAGUGUGGGCUGGCUGACACGAGAGCAUGGCAUCCAUAGCGAUCGUCUCAAGGUCAUGAUCACUGGCGGUGUCAUGUUGAGCCUCUUGAUUGGCAUCGUGAGGGCGAUUUCCGGUGAGAAGUGAGCUGGUUCUGGUUCAAACAAGGAAUGAUAUACCAGAUGCAUAGCGUCGGCGUUAAGGUUUUUACUUCUACAGGCUUGUAUGUUUAUUCACUCGAUUUGAACGAUACCCGAUCGAAGUAAUGAUUUCAUUUCAUUCCAAGCCCGCAAUAUGAAACAAAUAUCCAGAUUUUAUUACUCGUCGGCCUUUUCGUAUGUUUGGCCGAUUGCUGGAUCAAACUUGCAAUCGUGCUCCCCAAAAAAACAAACUCUAGACUCGUCGCAAGAUCAUGACAUCAAGGAAGGGCUUGGAAUAAUUGGCGCCAAAAUCUGCCUGGCGUGAUAUAUAAAAUCGUGUACAAAGAGCUGACGAGCAUAGGAUGUUCGCGUUCAACACAAAAAUAUAUUUCAAACGCUAGCAUUGGUUGGUCAUAGAUGCCGGACUUACUCGGUAAUGAACAGAAACAAGCAACGACAUGCUGGAGUACUCAG